CAAUCUAUGAGUAUCAAAGUGUUUUCAUUUGAAUAGAAAAUUUGAAAUUAUCUCUUCCAUUUUCCUCCCUUCGGAGAUAAAUACAAAUAUAUCUUGCGAGGAGGAAGAAGGAAGACUAAAACUAAAUAAAAAUGGUGUUUACUGGAACCCUUGAAAAAUGCAAAGCAUGCGACAAAACAGUGUAUGUGGUUGAUAUGGUGACAGCUGACGGUGUUCCUUAUCAUAAAACUUGCUUUAAAUGCAGCCAAUGCAAUGGAAAGCUCAUGAUGGGAAGGUUUUCCUCCAUGGAUGGAAUAUUGUAUUGCAUGCCGCAUUUUGAGCAACACUUCAAAAAGACUGGCACUUAUUCUAAUAAUAAGUCUCAAACAUCUGCGAAACUUGAAUUGAACAAGACCCCUAGCAAGCUCUCAACAAUGUUUUCUGGGACCCAAGACAAAUGUGCUACUUGUAAGAAAACGGCAUACCCUCUCGAGAAGAUAGUUGUAGAGGGAGAAAAUUACCACAAGUCAUGUUUUAGGUGUGCAAAAGGAGGUUGCUUUCUCACUGCAUCUAAUUAUGCUGCUCUAGAUGGAUAUUUGUAUUGCAAGCCUCACUUCGCUCAGCUAUUUAAAGAGAAGGGUUCAUAUAAUUACCUUACAAAAUCAAUUUCUGGGAAGAAAAAUCAUAUUGAUGGUCUUGUGUCUUCUGAAGAAGAUAAGCAAGAAACAACGCCAGAAGUUGAAGUAGCGAAAGAAGAAAAUUAAAUCAUUACAAGAGUAAUGAUUUAUGUAUUGUUAUGUAGUAGUAUGCAUCGAAUGCAACCUCUUUGUUUGCCCUUGUAAUUUCACCUUCCAUGUUGGUCAUUUAUGGACCAUGCAUCUUUCACGUAGGGUUAUUGUCUGAUAUUUCAUUUGAUGUUCAAUUUUCUUAAAAUUGGAAGGGCAAAUAUUUGCUUUAUUUUGUCAAUGAUGACACUAGAAAGAUAGAUACAAUUAGGGAGGUAUAAGAACAAUUCGUGUACUUGAGGAUGUGAAAUUAACAUCAUCUUGUAAAAGUAGAACAACAUUGAGGUGUAUUUGAGUUUCAAACCAUGUUUAGGUUCAA